GGGUAGGGUCUUCUCCAAUUUACCGGCGUCUCAGACAGUUCUGUGUCAGUAGCCAUAGGAUAUAGGCUGCCACCAUGGACGACCAGGGAUAUUAUAGUAAUAAUAGAAUCAAUUCUACCAAUUCAGGAGUUCAUCGGAGAACAAAUAGGCAGUCUGGAAAUAAUGCAUGGCAAGAGCCCGGGGAUUCCAAUCCUGAUGUCAAUGCUAACGCACCUGUCAACGCGAACACCGACCCACAAACACAGCAGGAUCCAACUCAGCCUCGAUAUUCAGAUGGGUUCACCAUGAUACCACCCAUUGAAUCACGAAGGAGUAAACUACAAAUGAUGGCUCAGAAAGAAGAGGAGGAUUUACAGAGAUGGAAGGAAGCAAACAGACCUGGUCCUGUCCAGCUGGCCCCAGAGAGGCUAGGUGGUGCUGUGUCAUUGGCUGAGGCCAGAGAGAGGCAGCUGUUGGAGUUACGCCGAUCUAAACUGCAGAAACAGCUGAGAAAAGAGGAGAUGGAUCGGCAACAGAAACAGUCUGAGGAAGAGGAGAAUGACAGGAUGAAGGCUAAACAGCGGGAGAAGGCUGAGAGACUGGAGGAGAGGAGAAAACAGGAGGAGAGGCAGAGGAGAGAAGUUCUCCAACAGGACCACCUCAGGCCAGAGCCCAGGAUUACAGGGCAGAGAGGAGGAGAACACAGCUCUACAGCUGAAGAAGGAGGAACAGAGGAUGAAGAGUGAGGUUUUGGAGGGGAAAGAGAGUGAUCAAGAGGAGG